GCUCUUGUUGUGAAGGUCCUCCGCCGGAAGUCGCCCUCCUUGCCGCUGACAGCCACAGGCCGCAGUGAUUUGGUAGCCGCUGCAGUAGGAGGAAGGAACGCGGUUCUACCCUCUCUAUCUUUCAGUUUCGCCUCAAAACAGCCCCGCUGGUUCCCUUUGGUAGCGAUCGGUGAAGUGUGUGUACAGUGACGGUGUUCUAUGAGAUCUCGGUGCCGGUGAUAUCGACGGACAGUGAAAUCAAUCGCCAUUUUAUCCGCACGUUUUCCCUGACAGAAGCGCUAGCACAACAAUGGCUCUGAAAAGAAUUCACAAGGAGUUAAAUGACUUGGCACGGGACCCUCCAGCCCAGUGUUCUGCAGGACCAGUAGGAGAUGACAUGUUUCACUGGCAAGCCACAAUAAUGGGACCUAACGACAGUCCUUACCAGAGCGGGGUUUUCUUCUUGACCAUACACUUCCCCACAGAUUACCCCUUCAAACCGCCAAAGGUCGCGUUUACCACAAGAAUCUACCACCCAAAUAUCAACAGCAACGGCAGCAUUUGUCUUGACAUCCUGCGGUCACAGUGGUCUCCGGCUCUCACCAUCUCCAAAGUUCUCCUGUCCAUCUGCUCUCUGCUGUGCGACCCAAACCCGGACGACCCCUUAGUACCCGAGAUCGCCCGCAUCUACAAGACGGACAGGGAAAAGUACAACAAAAUAGCUCGGGAAUGGACACAAAAGUAUGCAAUGUAGUGUUGGAGUAGAAACACGGCCAACCACCUCUACGACGUAAGGUUAGGGGAGCUUCAGACGUAAAGAGAAAAUAAAACAAAACAAACAAAAAAAAAAAACAGACAAACAAAUGAAAAGUUUAAAACAAGAUCUUGUUGGUUUCCAUUGGAGUGCUUUCUUUGAGCCACGCCUCCCCUUCACCAGAGUACCUGUAAAACUCCCUCUGCCCCCCCUCCCCUGCUCCUCCUGCCUCUCAGUCCCCCCCCCCCGCCCCGCCCCGCCCCGCCCAUCCUCCAGUGUACAUAAUGUCAACUUGCAAUGGUAAAACCGUCUCCUCCCCCCUCCCCCUCCCCCUCCCCACCUCGUCCUGAGUUCCGUCUCAUUUCACCACCGAGCAGGUCGGGCCGUCCCCCCCCCCUCCCCCAACACGCCCUCUCCCUCACCCACCAUCACUGAAACCAUUCCUUUGAGCGUCUGUAAAGCUUUGGAGGGGACCUAUUUUCGUUUCUUUGUUUACCUUUUAUUCCGUCGAGGGGGGAGGGGGGGGGGGACAAUAAGAUGGAGGGAUUUUUACACUCUGCACCCUUUCUUGUUUUGUUGGCCUCGUGCUUUCCAUCCGUCGAGGUGACAAUACAGGAAAGCAGUCUUGGCACGCGAGACAAAAGGGCACUCUGUGUUUUAUACGAUAAAUAAAAACUUUAAAGAAAUCAUCGCCGGUUGUGUUUAAAAAAAAAAAAGAAAAAAGAAAAAGAGGAAAAAAAUGCACAUGGCCUACUUCGG